GUCUUUGAAGGAAACACCGACAGCCACGAGGAGGUCUCCAAUGCCUUCAUCCCUCCCAUCGUCGCACGCUACAUCCGUGUCACCCCCCAGAGCUGGCACCAGCGUGUGGCCCUGAAGGUGGCCCUGGUGGGCUGCCAGCUGGCACGGGUCCGUGCGCCCCGGCCCUACGUGCCCAGUGUCCCCAAGGAGGACCCUGUCCCCACCAGUCGCCCUGCCAGCCAAACCCCCAUCCCUGGCGUCGCUCUGGACCCGGAGAAGGCAGGCUCCACACUGCUGGUGAUGCUGCUUGUUGGUGGCUUCGUGCUCCUCUGCUCCAGCCUCCUGCUCCUGGCUUUCCUCUGCUACAGGAAGAGGAAAUCAGCAGCAGAGCUGAACUGUGGGAUCACAAAAGGGUACCCCAAGCUGGAGUCAAGUCAGGUGUGCUCCCUGCAGAACCUGCCACCCCCCAGCCUGGCCUCCUUCCCCACAGCACCCACACCAGGGGAUCUCAGCCAGACCCAUUCACCAGAUUACGCCGAGCCAGACCUGGUACAGGUGAGCCCCAGCAGCCAGACAGGUCCUUCUACCUUCAAACCUCUCCUGGACGAGGGCUACACUCUACCACUCGUCCUGAGCCACUACGACGUGCCGGGGAAGUACCACGAGUACGCGGAGCCGCUGCCCCCCGAGCCCGAGUACGCCACGCCGUUCA